AUGAAGGAUUUGUUGGCUACUGAACACCAAAAACUACAGAUUCAUGAAAAUGUUGAGAAAGGAAUAUUUGUUGCGGGAUUAAGAGAAGACAUUGUCACUUCUCCUCAACAAGUCCUUGAAAUGAUGGAAUAUGGAGAAUCUCAGCGGCAUUUUGGGGUGACAAAUAUGAAUUCUUACAGUAGCAGAUCUCACACUAUCUUCCGCAUGAAUUUGGUUGAGCUAGCCGGUUCAGAACGUGCUGCGAAAACCGGCGCAGCGGGUGUUAGGCUGAAAGAAGGCUCACAUAUUAACAAAAGCUUGAUGACACUUGGGACUGUCAUUAAAAAAUUGAGUGAAGGAGUUGAAAAUCAAGGUGGUCAUGUUCCGUACCGAGACAGCAAGCUUACAAGGAUUUUGCAGCCAGCUUUAGCUGGAAACGCAAAUAUAGCUAUCGUAUGCAAUGUAACGCUUGCAUCGAUUCAUGCAGAUGAAACCAAGAGUAGUCUUGAAUUCGCUAGCCGAGCAAUGGGUGUCACUAACUGUGCUCAUGUCAAUGAGAGAUUGGCUGAUGGUGCUCUACUAAAGCGUCAAAAAAAGGAGAUAAAGGAGCUCAAAUCCAAAUUAAAGGCUUCUCAACAUGACCAUUCGGAAGAAGAGAUCCUUAACUUGCACAAGACCUUGUUGAAGGAUUUCACAUUGUCUAUGCGCCAAAGUUUUGAGCAACAUGCUUCACUUCUCAGCAGCUACCAAAAUGUCCAAUCUUGUCUGAAACAAAAAGUUCUUGAUCUUGAAAAUGAGAAGCUUCUUUUGCAAGAGAAGUGUGUUGGUCUACAGAACGAAUUAGAAGAACUAAAUCAAGAAGCCAAGAAGCAGGAAACUUCCUUAAUGCUUCAGGAAAAUUUGAAAAAUCUUGAAGUUCUUGCUUUUGAAAUGGAAAAGAAAAUUGCUUCACUGGAGGAGCUGGUCGCUAAGCAUGGAGAAAAGGAGAAGGCACUAUGUAGAAAUGAGGGUUUAGAUUCAGAAAUCACAGCUCUGACAGAGAAACUGAAGCACUCAAAUACCCAAAUAGAACAUCUACAAAAAGAUAACACAGAGCUUAAAAUGAGAAUCAGCGGCUCAUCAUCUGAGCAGCAACGUUUGGAAGCAAAUGUUAAACAGUUGCUUGAAGAAAAAGAAGAUUUAGCAAUGCGUCUUAAAAACUCACUUUUGGAGAUGGAAGAAGAGAAAGCAUUAUGGAGGUCCAAAGAAAAUGCUUUGACAAAGGCCAUGGCGGAAAUGACCAGACUAUAUAAUAUACAAAUUGAGUCACUGUCUACAGAAAUGUCAGAGGCAAAGAAAGAGCUGGAAUCUUGUCAACAUGAAUGUGUUACACUUGCUGAUAGGCUAAGAUGUUCUGAAGAGAAUGCUAAGGAGGAAAACGAAUCCAGCAUGACUUUGGAGAUUGAUAGCCUUGGUGAUGAACUAGAGAAAAAUGAUGGAGAUGUUGAGAAGUUCAAGGAUGAUAAAGCUAAAGAAAAGAGAAAUGCGGCACCAAAGCAGACCACAAUGAAAGGAACCGAAUCAGAAACAACAGAUAUUGUAUACGUCGAUGUCGAUGAUGAUGGCGAGAAAGUGGUCUUGGAGGCUGUUGAUGAGGAACAACAAUUUGGUCCAGAGAUCAUAUACAUUGAUGAUGAUGAUGAUGAUGAUUAUGAUGAAGAUGAUGAUGAUGACGAUGAAGUGGUGGAGGUUGUGGCCGUAAGCUCAUCGGCUGAGAAAUCAGUAGAAGUUGUUGCGAAAUGGAGGCCUCAUAUUACAAAUAGGUAG